AUGUAUUCAUUACUUCGAACUUUAGUUAUUUUUGGAAUUCUGGUAUCAUUACUAUUAAUCCAUGCAACAAAAGCUGGUUCGAUUCUCUCAGCAUUGGAUCAUAAAACUAUAGACAAGGAGAAGUGUAGUCCACCUGGUGCUAUAUGUGGUCAAGAUCCACCAUGUUGUAAUCCCAGAUGUAGAGUUAAUUGGGGUGGUGCUUGGUGCACGUGA